AUCAGCUGCCAUGGAGCCGCCCAGUAACCCUGGUUCCAGUCAGGUGGCUGAUGUGGUGUUUGUCAUCGAAGGCACAGCAAACCUCGGACCAUACUUUGAGUCUUUGAGGAAAAACUACAUACUUCCAGCCAUUGAAUUCUUCAAUGGAGGACCCCCAGCAGAGACAGAUUUUGGUGGAGAUUAUGGAGGGACGCAGUACGGCCUUGUGGUCUUCAACACCGUGGACUGUGCUCCUGAGUCUUACGUCCAGUGCCACGCCCCCACAAGCUCCGCCUUCGAGUUUGUUUCAUGGAUCGACAGCAUCCAGUUUAUGGGAGGCGGAGCAGAAAGCUGCAGUCUGAUUGCAGAGGGACUUUCUGUGGCUCUGCAGCUCUUUGACGACUUUAUAAAGAUGAGGGAACAAAUAGGUCAGACACACAAGGUGUGUGUGCUGCUGUGUAAUUCUCCUCCGUACCUGCUACCUGCAGUGGAGAGCGUCACCUACACCGGCCUCACUGCAGACAGCCUGGUCAAAUUCAUCAGAGACAGAGGAAUUCACUUCUCUGUCAUCGCUCCUCGGAAACUGCCCGCUCUGAGAGCUUUGUUUGAAAUGGGCUCUCCGGUGACGGGGGCGGUUGAACCACAUCCAGACUACAGCCAGGAUCCGUUCCACAUGGUUCUGGUCAGGGGCAUCUCUCUACCUGUUUCCACAGGUGGAGGGCCUGGACCACUCAAACCUGUCCUCCCACUUCAAGCGCUGCCUGGAAACCAGUCUGUUGCUGGACCCCCUCAAGUCACCCCGCCCAUUAACCCUGCCCACCCYUAUCAGAACACGCCGCCCAUGAGCGCUGCUUUUGUGGCUGCGCAGAUGGCUGUGGAGGCAGCCAAUAACCAGAAGAAUCGCUUCCCAGGAAUGGUCACUCCAGGUCAGCCGUUUUCAUCUCAGCCAGGCAUCCCUCCAGUCCAGAUGAAGCCCCCCCAGCCCAGCAUAUCAACGGUCACCACAGCAACACAGCCGCCAAUGAUGCAACAACCAGUUCCUCCCAAUCCUCAGCAGCCCGUCCCGCCCCCGGGACAACCCGCCUCCAAUCAGCCGACCCAACCACAGCCUCCACAGCCUGCACCAAAUCAGCCCACAGCACCUUCAGCGCCGUCGAACAUGGGUGGAGUUCCCGGACCUCCGGGCAACGCUAAUUUAAUCGCACAACCUCAACCAAACAAGGUGGUGGCGUGGACCGGCGUUCUGGAGUGGCAAGAGAAACCUAAAGCUUCAUCCAUGGAUUCAACCAAGCUAACGCGCUCUCUGCCAUGUCAAGUUCACGUCAACCAAGGAGAGAAUCUCAACACGGAGCAGUGGCCACAGAAGCUCAUCAUGCAGCUGAUUCCACAACAGUUACUGACGACUUUAGGGCACCUCUUCAGAAACUCCAGGAUGGUUCAGUUUCUCUUCACCAACAAAGACCCCGAUUCCCUCAGAGGUCUUUACCGCAUCAUGGCCAAUGGUUUUGCAGGCUGCGUCCACUUCCCCCACACGACUUCACCGUGUGAAGUGCGGGUGCUCAUGCUGCUCUACUCUUCCAAGAAGAAAAUAUUCAUGGGCCUCAUCCCCAACGACCAGAGCGGCUUCGUCAACGGCAUCCGGCAAGUGAUCACCAACCACAAGCAGGUCCAGCAGCACCGAGCGCAAAUGGGCGGAGGAGGUGGACCAAUGCAGCCCGGUCAAGUUCCCCCCAACCAGAACUUUCUGAACCGAGCUCCUGGUUCCAUUCCUGUUUCCCACGGUAGCGUCCAGCAGCAGUCUGUGGUGGUGGGCAUGCCCCCUGUUAGUCAGGUCUCUAUAAUGGAGGAGCAGCAGAGGCAGAACAACAUGAUGGCAAUGAGAGCGGCUGGACCAUCCAAUCAGCAGCCGGCGGUCAGCGUAGCUCCGCCCAACCAGGUGACUCAGAGUGGUCAGGCCCAGCCCCAGGGCUCCAUACUUCGCCUCCCGAACCCAGGAGCCAACCCGCAGCUUCGCAGCCUCCUGCUCAGUCAGCAGCAGCCGCAGAGUGCGGUGUCUCAUAUGCCAAACAUGAUGUCCCACCAAGGUUUAGGACCGCAGCUGGUCCACUCGACGCCAGGAGGCGGGCCUCAAAUGCAGGGCCAGUGGAGGCAGCCAAUGACAGGUCAGAUCCUGAUGUCUGGAGGUCAGAGAGGACCGGUCCCUCAGCCCGGGAUGCCCCAGGUCUCCGGGGUCAUAGAUGAUGAAAUCCUCUUGGACCUCAUAUGAUGGAGCGUGGAGGACUCUGGAACUUUUAACAAACACUUCCUGUUUGGACUCAGAGAUCUGCUGUUUUUUUUGUUUUCUUUAACACAAACAUUUAGUGUUUUUAGGAGACAAACUUUCUAUUGUUUUUUUUCUUUUCUUUAUAUAUUUGAACCAAACAGCAGCAGGUAUGGACUGAAGUUAUGAGCAUUCGUGGUAUUUUUUAUGCAAAUAGUCACAAACUGUGAGCACAUUUAUACUUUGUGCUGGAAACAGUCGAUUAAAUCACUUGAAAUGAAACUCA